AUGCGUGUUUCCGCUGGGCGGGGCGUAAGCUCAGUGCUUACGCUGGCAGCGGUCUGGGAGAAGCGGGCGGCGCUGAGUGCCUGAGACCCCCCAGCCCGGCACAGACUCGGCGGUUGAGCGGCGAGGCCGGGACCGUCGUUUCGCUGAAGUCCACAGAGCAGCGGGGAGGAGCGGGCCGGGGCCGCGGCGGCGCGCGGGGAAGAUGGUGGCGAAGCAGCGGAUCCGGAUGGCGAACGAGAAGCACAGCAAGAACAUCACCCAGCGGGGCAACGUCGCCAAGACCUCGAGAAACGCCCCCGAGGAGAAGGCAUCCGUGGGGCCCUGGUUGUUGGCGCUGUUCAUCUUUGUGGUUUGUGGCUCAGCUAUCUUCCAAAUUAUUCAGAGUAUCAGGAUGGGCAUGUGAAGGAACUGACCUUAAACAAGUUGUUUUCAUCUUCCUGUGAAUUACAAUGAACUGUCAUUCCUAAUGUUUGAUACCCUGGUCUCAAAACUUAAUUCAUGAUACUGUCCUGCUCCAGAACGACUUUCCAUGUUGGCCAUAUGUCAUUCCAGGUUCCUUCACAAGUCAUUCCAAGUUUUCUAGUGAGUACCACAGUGCCUUGAAAAGCACCCCAUGUAUAAAGCAAUAAAAUUCUAUUGUUGAUCUGCAAUCGUGGACCUACUUAUUUAGUGAAGAAUAAAUUUGUUUUUUUGUGUAGAUAUGUUAAGCUGUAUGCAGUGUAGAUACGUAGGAACUACCCCAUCUCUGUAAACACCAGUCUUGAGAUCUGUUAAUCCUAUGUAUAAAUGGAAGUGGUUUUAUUUAAAAUUGAGAAGCAGAGAUUCUUUUAGUGGCUGUACUAUGAAUUUAAAGCACCCCGGGUGAUGCUGAGUGGGCGUCGCUGCAUUACAUUGCUUAUUUAAAUGGAACAUCAUGUGUAGCUGUAGCCUAGUUUUGCUAUAGCAUGUGGCAAUGCAUUGACACUCAAUACUUAUAAUGGUGAAACACCUUAUUCCAUGCCCCUUGCAAGACUAUCCUCAUUACAAAAGUAUUUGUUAAUGUAAAAUCAGUAGGUUUUACUUGAUCAGGCUGACCAAACAUGACAAGGCAACAACUGCUUCGGAAAUACUUUAGUGCUAACAAGUUAAGACAUCGCAGCUAUGAUAAAUGCUGCUAUUAAGACUCUCAGUGUUAAACUUUUGUUGGCAGCAGUGUAUAACUUGGCUGUAAAUACUUCUUGAACCACUUUCAGUUAAUGAUACUAUAUGGUUAUAUUUUUUAUGCAUGUACUCAACCAUCAUACACAUGCCAUUUAAAUGCACACACAAUACCUCCAAAGAGAAGUAACAUGUUUUCAUGUGAACCAAACUACUGGGUCCAAACCUGCCUUUGUCUCUAGCACUUAAAUAUUUCCCCAUCAAACAUCCCAGCUGCAUUCAAAUAACCCCACAAAUCUGAUUUGACUUCCUUGUGUAUAAGACUGAAAUUAUCUUGGUGAUGUAAUGUAUCACACCAAGUUUAUUGCAGAAGUCUCUCAAAAGUGUAGGCUGUCAAACUACCUGUUGUAAUAGCUAAGUCUAACUUAAAGGUGGAGUCAGUCUUCCAUUGUGCACUUCCUUUGGUAAAAUAAAGGUCUGCUUUUCCAGCAUGUUUUUUGGGUAGGGGAAGGGGGUAUUACUCUAAUUUGAUUGCAUUAAGAAUUAACUAGAAAAAUAAGCUAUGCUUCUUUUAUAGGGAUGUGUUGCUAACCACGUAGUGGCAGAUCCUCACCUGCAUAAGGCCAUGUGAAAUUAGUGGGCAUGUGACAGUUUAUACAGCUGAGGAUCUGCCCCAUAGUUUAGCCAGACAAGUUAAUUUCUCUGUCCUUGGAAAUUGGUAUUAUUUGUAAAUGAAAAAGUUUGUGUACAAUUGCGAUACUAUUUUAAAUAAAUUACUUUUAAAAUGUGAA